UAGGUCGCGGCUUUUGUAAAAUAUUUUUUACGAAUUUUCCUGAAUUCUUUUGAGAUUUAUACCUAUUAUAAAAUGUAUUUUUAUUUAUUAUAAAAUUAUUAAAAAUAGCUUGUGUAAGAAAAGUAAAUAUGCUUUCAAGGAAAAAAGACAAAUCACGGGAUGGAGUAGUAGGACGUUUUACUAAGAAAGAGACACCAUCCGAAAUUCCAAUUACGAAUGUUUGGACGUUUGAUGAUAGUAAAAAUAAAGGGAAAAAUCGUCGUAAUAGUCAAACAUUGGGACCCAAAAGUGAUAAAGGGGAAACAAAUCAGAGUAAACCCCAAUUUGGAAAUAUUAAAACUUUAUCAAAAUCAACUGGUUUGGGGCAUGUGGGGAAAUAUACACCAAAUCAAUCAAUACAAAAUUUGAAUAUUUCAAGUUUUAAUGGUGGUGGUGGAAUUAGAGCUAGUGGCCGCUCAGUAUCACCUAAUAAUCAAAUAACUGGAGUGGGGAAUGUUAAUUUAACAAAUGAGUUAGAUUUUUAUCAACAACAAUCUCAAAGAUCUAAUUCUCAACCCUCAAGUACUGGUUCAAAUCAAUUACAUCCAUAUAGUAAUAUAGGGAAUAGUAACUACGUUAAUAUCGAUCAUAUUGAUCGAAUGAGACAUCAAAGCGAUUCUUCAGGAUAUAAUUCAUAUGCACAAUCAAUUGAUAAUUUCAGUAGAAAUUAUUCUUUUAAUCAAAAUCAUGCUCAUACCUUUUUAACAACGAGUGGAGGCGGUUGUCCCACUAACAGUCCUGGCGAUCAAUUCGGUAAUAAGUUAGGAGCAAUAAAGAACGUUCAAAAUAUAUCACCAAGAUCACAAUCACCUCAAGGAUUAUCGCAGUUAACAAUGGCCACUGCCAAAAACUAUAACUCUGAAAAUUCUCCAAUUUAUGAAAACCAGUCACAAGUUUCCGUUACUGGUGCUACUGGCAGAUCAGAAUCUCCUAUUUAUAGUAACACUAAUUCAAGUUUAUUAACGCCAUAUCAAAAUGUUUCUAGCAAUUCAAGAUAUGCAACUCAAACUACACAUCAAACACUUUACCCGAAUAACAAUUCAGUUUUAAGUUAUCAACAUUUAGGACAAAAUCUUGCUUUAGUUCCUACAAAAAUCCCAGUUUACCAACCAAUUAGAAAUUACGAAGCGGUUGGGAUGACUUUUGGAGAACAUUUAGUUCAUAAUGCAACCCAUCAAAUAUUACCUCACGUCCCCUCGCAGCAAUCCCUUGACGAAGAAUUACCUUUACCACCAGGAUGGGCAGCGUAUUACACAUUACGCGGCCGCAAGUAUUAUAUUGACCAUAACGCUCAAACGACACAUUGGUCUCAUCCUUUAGAAAGAGAGGGAUUACCAAUAGGUUGGGUUAAAAUUCAUAGCGCACAGCACGGGAUAUAUUAUUAUAAUCAUAUCACACGGCAAUCUCAACGAAAUCAUCCUUGUUUGACAUCGUGUUAUGUAUAUACAACUUCUGCGGAACCACCUAAAUCAAUUUUACCAGAGCCGCAACUAUCACAGUAUAACGCCCAUAACGCCUUAGUACCAGCAAAUCCCUAUUUACAUGAGCAAAUUCCAGAUUGGUUAAACGUGUAUUUUCAUGCUGAUUCUUCAAAAGAUCAUAUUUUGAAAUUUAAAAUGUUUAGUCUUCAAGAACUAGAAUGUUUCGAUGCGAUGUUAACAAGAUUGUAUAAAAAACAACUGGAACGUAUUGUAGGAUUUUAUGAACAAUAUAGACAAUAUUUAAAGACGGAAAUUGAUCGUCGAACUAUUAUGGCACGAGCUAUCAAAAAUGAUUGAGAUUAAACUUAAAAUAUACCUGAUUAAAGAUAAUCAAUUGGUGUGAUUAACAUUAUAUUAAUCGUUAUUUAAAAUAUAAAAUGCAAAAUAUUUUCAUUAAAAUUUGGAAUUUAUGACAUCAAAAUCUACGAAAAACAAAAGAACCAUUCUUUUAAAAUGUCUUAAGACUUAAAUAUCUUGCCUUUUAAUUUUAAUAUAAAAAUUUAUUUUACCAUUUCAUUUUAUAUAAACUAGUUAAAUAUUCGGUAUGUCGAAAAUUGAAAAAAUUAUAUAUAUAUAUAUAUAUAUUUACAUUUUAGAUUUGUUUUUUAAUUAAGUUAUUAUGUAUAUUUAAUAUGAAAAUUUAUACAUGCACGUAAGAGUAUUUUCCGAACUGAAUUACAUCGCAUUAAUCAUAUUUUAUUAAAUACGAUAUUAAAAAAGUAAUAAUUAUUUAACAUCAUACCAACAUUUUUACUAUUCUUUAUUUUGUAUUAUAUUUAAUAAAUGUGAUAGUUUCCCCAUUUUAAG